AUGAGGCGAGGUGGGGGCCAGGCGGGGCCCCGGUGCGGGGCGCCAGUGCAGGGGGCCAGGCGGGGCCCCGGUGCGGGCCGGCCCUCACGGCUGUGUCCCCCCUCACCUGCGCAGACGUGUCCCGGCCGCGGCGAGGUCCUGGAGCUCUACAGCCGAGGCUUCCUGACCAUCGAGCCCAUCAGCCUGCUGCCCCCGCCAGCCGUCGUGAACUACAUCUUCCUGCUGCUCUGCCUGUGCGGGCUGGCGGGCAACGGGCUGGUGCUCUGGUUCUUCGGCUUCUGCAUCAAGAGGAGCCCCUUCUCCACCUACUUCCUGCACCUGGCGGGCGCCGACGCGGGCUACCUCUUCAGCAAGGCCGUGUUCUCCGUCCUAAACGCCGGGGGCUUCCUGGGCGCCUUCGCCGACUACGUCCGGGCCGUGUGCAGGGUCGCGGGCCUGUGCACGCUGGUGGCCAGCGUGGGCCUCCUGCCGGCCACCAGCUUCGAGCGCUGCGCGUCCGUGCUCCUCCCGGCCUGGUUCUGGCGCCGGCGGCCCCGGCGCCUGUCGGCCGUGGUGUGCGCCCUGCUCUGGGCCCUGGCCCUCCUGGUCACCGGCAUCCACCACUACUUCUGCGUCUUCCUGGAGCGGCAGGCCGCGGGCAGCGCCUGCAGGCACAUGGACACCUUCCUGGGCGUCCUGCUGUUCCUGGUCUUCUGCCCGCUCAUGCUGCUGCCCUGCCUGGCGCUCGUCCUGCACGAGGAGUGCGGGGCCCGGCGGCGCCAGCGCUCGGCCAAGCUCAACCACGUGGUCCUGGCCACGGACUCCGUGUUCCUCGUGUCCUCCAUCUACCUGGGGAUCGACUGGUUCCUCUUCUGGGCCUUCCAGAUCCCGGCGCCCUUCCCCGAGUACGUCACGGACCUGUGCCUGUGCGUCAACAGCAGCGCCAAGCCCGUGGUCUACUUCCUGGCCGGCAGGGACAAGUCGCAGCGGCUGUGGGAGCCGCUCAGGGUGGUCUUCCAGCGGGCCCUGCGGGACGGCGCCGAGCUGGGGGAGGCGGGGCCGGCCACGCCCAACACGGUCGCCGUGGAGAUGCAGUGCCCCCCGGGGAACGCCUCCUGAGCCCCUUCCGCUGGACACAGGGACAGGCCCGGGGCCCGCGGGCCGUGUUCCUGCUGGCCAGCCCAGUCCCGCGCACCGCCUGACCCCUUGGUCAGCCCCCUGAACGCCACAAGGCCUGCACCACCCAGCAGCCCCCCGCCUGCUGCGAGACCCCGCGCUCUCUGUCCCUCCGAGGGGACACGGGCAGAGCUGACCUCAUGGUGCUACCUGGGACGGGUGCCCCUUAACCUGCCUCGCAGCUCGGUCUCUACGAGCCACGUCCCUGCCCCCGUGACCAAAACCGAAGUGACUGACGGGCGUUCCCGGCCCAGCGCGCGCUGAGACAGGGAGGAAGCCGCGGCCGCAGAGGGGGCUCUCCUCUGAACCCCGGCUUCUGCCGGCCGCUCCUGGAGCCCGAGCCUGGCCCGGCUGCUGCCCGCCUGGCCCCAGGCUCCUGCGCACCCGCUGGGGGCCUCUGGCCCAGAGCCCCCCAAAAUGGGCUCUGGCUCAGGCCCGGCCCCUGGCCACCAGCCAGCACGGCGCCCAGCACAGCCAGGGGACGUCUGACGUACCCCAAUAAACGCUUCC